AUGGAUGGUUUGCAAGGAUCCAGUACGAACGUUAACUGGAAACGGAGGAGCAAUUUCCUGACGCUGGUGGAGAAGGUUCGCAUAAUUGAUGAUUUUGAAGCAGAAGGUGGUACGCAUAACUUUCUUGGGAAGAAGUACGGCGUAGGAUCUUCUACGGUCACGAGAAUAAUCCAAAAGAAAAAAGCAAUUCGUGAGGCAGUGGACAAGUUCAAGGAAUAUGGUGUAAAUAAUCGAAAAACAUUGAAAGAGCAGACGUUCCCUUUGCUGGAAGAAGCUCUUUACAUCUGGAUUUUACAGCAGCGGCAGUCCAACAUUUUGUUGACAGUGGAUAUUCUUAAAGCAAAGGCGGAGCUGCUGUUUAAGAUGUUCCAGGACCGGGGGCUCUAUGCGGUGCAUGGUUUUUCUACUUCGGAUGGCUGGAUGCAUCGUUUUAAGCAGCGGUUUGGAUUGCGCGUGAAAGCCGUAACAGGAGAAAAGGCAUCGGUAAACGUUGAAGCAUACCUAAAUUUCAAGAAGGUUCUACAGAAGAAGAUUCAGGAAAUGCAGCUAUCACUAUCCCAAGUCUUUAAUGCAGAUGAAUCUGCCUUGUUCAUCAAGCUCCUAGCCACACGCUCUGUCGUUACCUGUGAUGAAACCGUGGCAAGCGGACGGAAGCAAAACAAGCUUCCGUUGUAUUUCAUUUGCACUGCUACAAAACCACGAGGAAUCAACAUCGAAGAACUUCCCGUUUCAUAUAAUCAUUCCAAAAAGGCUUGGAUGACCAGGCUGUUGUUCCGUCAAUGGUUCCACGAAGACCGAUGGAAUGCCAGCCAAGCGGUCAUCAAUGCAAUCAAGCGAAAGUAUAAAAGAAAACUGAUGCUCGCAUUAAUUCUGGAAAACGAACACUUAAGUUUCGAAGAACGAUUGAAGAAGAUUAAUCUUCAACAGUGUAUUUCGUGGUUGGCAACCUCUUGGGAGGAGAUAUCUGACAAAACUAUACGUAAUUCGUGGAAGAAAUUGAUCGAUGGUUUGCCGGAGGAUGCUGUUAAUGUAGACUCGAAAGCGGCCGAUGAUGACUUCAAAGCGCUUGUGUCCAGGAUUGACAGUUUGGCAGGAACAAAAACAUCUGAGCAAGAUAUUGAUCUGUGGAUCAAAGAUCAGGUGUAUGAUGCUGAUCAUAAUCCAGAUUGGGUAACCAGUGAAGUGUUCUCUGAUGACGAGAUUUUGUCAUCAGUUCUCAAGAAAGAUCAACCUGAAAUGCAAGAAGAAUGGUUGGUAGACACAGAAGAUGGAAGUAAUUCGUUUGAUACUUCCAUUACUAGUACCGGAGAUCCUGAUUUUGGCGAUGCAAUCAAGUCAAUUGAUUGCCUAGUUCGCUAUAUGAAGCAUGAUGUUGCAGAAGUAUGCCGUUUGAACGCGCUACGUUCGAAAAUCACUGAAGUUGAAUGGCUAGAACGAGCAUGUUGAAGAACUCUACCAUUUUGUUGAAAAUGAAUUUAUAUGGUUUGUUUAAUUUUGUUUGAAACGUUUAAAAUAAAUAUUGUUUUUGUUGAAUAAUAUUCGAUUUUAUUUAUUUCAAUGAUUCAUUUAAAAUUUAUUUUAAACCUAAAAACACCAUCCACGAGCCCCUCGAAAAAAAUUUUACGUUGUCAGAAUUGACGUUUGUCUUCGAUUUAGUUGGGCUAUAGCCCAACGAACGGGAGCCCAACUAAAUCGAAGCCCAACUAAAGA